AUGCCAUACUCGUUGCGGGACCGUAAUGUCCUGAUCAUCGGAGGUUCCCGAGGACUUGGUGCCCUCGUGGCCGAAAAGUUCGCCGCCGAGGGGAGUAACGUUGCUAUCAACUACAUGUCCAGUCGAGACGAUGCCGAGAAAGUGGCCUCGGGCAUCGCGAGCCAGUACGGCGUCAAAACGAUUGUUAUCCAGGGUGUAUGGCUUCUCAGUUUCCGAUUUAAUGAAGAGGAAUCCAAAUCUCUGACAUAUGUAUCCCAUCCUGAUUGCAGGAUGCCGGAGUCCAAAGGUGAUUGCGCCAACGCCGUCAACACUACCAUCGAGCAACUGGGCGGCUUGGAUAUCAUCAUUUCAAACGCUGGAUGGACAAAGAUCACCGAAUUUGCCGAUUUGGAUGCAAUGGAUGACGCCGACUGGGAUAAGUGCUGGUCGGUCAAUGUCAAGAGCAGUCUUCACCUCUUCAAGGCGGCUUUGCCCACGUUCAAUGCCAAUCCCGAAGGUGGCGCGUUCAUCAUCACAUCGUCGACUGCGGGAGUCACCCCGAGUGGCAGCAGCUUGCCGUACUCUGUGACCAAGGCAGCAGCAAUCCACCUCAUGAAAUGUCUUGCCAAAACCCAGGGCACCAAGGUCAGGGUCAAUGCCGUGCUGCCCGGUCUCUUGCUCACGGAGUGGGGUCUCAUUCGAUGGCAGGGUCAGCGAUUCUCUCCGGAGAAAAUCGAGGAUUAUAAGAGCAAAGCGGCUCUCAAGCGGGUGCCCGAGGUGGAAGAUAAUGCAGACAUGUAUAUCAACAUCGCGAAGAAUCCUUCUAUAACCGGCCAGACGGUUCAGAUCGAUGCUGGGUUUGCAAUCUAA